AUUCACUUGCGGCUUUCAAUCUCUGGAGCUUCUGGUUUCUAACUCUGCAAAUCAACCAUGAGGACUCUGGUGCUUUGUACUCUCUUGGCCGUCACAUCCGCAGACAGAAGGCCACCACCACCAAGCAAUGGUUAUGGAGCUCCACCAAGUGCUCCAAGCAAUGGGUAUGGAGCUCCACCAAGCAAUUCUUAUGGACCUCCAAAGAACGGUUAUGGAGUAGACCCACUUGCUGCACUGGCAGAAAACAUCCCUGGAGGUGGUAUUCCUGGUGAAGACUAUCCCGUCUUAGCCUCUGUUCCUGAUACUGGAUUCGACUGCAAUGCCCAGAAUGUCCCUGGAUACUACGCCGACACUGACCCCGAAGCUGGCUGCCAGGUCUUCCACAUCUGCCAGGAUAGGCCCAAUGGACGCCGUCAGCAGGACUCCUUCCUCUGCCCCAACGGCACCAUCUUCAAUCAACAGUACCUAGUCUGUGACUGGUGGUUCAACUUCGACUGCGCUGACGCUGAAGACUUCUACUCAGUCAACGAGCUCAUUGGAGUCGUUCCUUAUGGAUAUGGGAAAAGUAAUAGCAAUGGUAACAAUGGAUACGGCUCCAACGGAAAUGGUAAUGGCAACAAUGGCUAUGGUUCCAAUGGAAAUGGUAAUGGCAAGAAUGGCUAUGGUUCCAAUGGAAAUGGUAAUGGCAAGAAUGUUAACGGUAGAAGCAACAAUGGCUAUGGUUCCAAUGGAGGUCGAAACGGUAAGAAAAAUGGCAACGGCAAACGGAAUGGUAACGGAAAUAGCAAUGGCUAUGGGGCAAAUGGUAAUGGAGCUGCUGUUUCUCCCAGCAAUAUUUAUGGUCCACCUACCGCCCCUAGCAAUGGCUAUGGAGCGCCUGCUGCUCCAAGCAAUGCUUAUGGAGCUCCUGAAGCCCCUUCUUCUGCAUAUGGAGCUCCAUUUUAAACGACCUCUGCCGCUUAGUAUUUUCCGACACCAUUUUUGUUUUCCUGUCUCCUUGCAUUUGGACUUCUGAAACGUAAUAUAUUUAUGUAAAUAAAUAUGAAAGAGUA